CGGUAAAACAUUGAAUCGAACAGUCAGAAUGGCCAUUUGCACGCAGCGCUCUAUUUGAUAUUACACGCGAUAAUGGGCAGAAAUAAAAAGAAACAAAGUCAAACUAUUCCUUUAGUUCCUACUUCACAAAACAAAAGAGCAAGACGCAAGAAAGCCAAGAAGCUUAAAAAGAACUUAGAAGGAACAAAUUCAAUCAUAUCCAACAUGCCUUCUAUAAAAGUCAAUGAGAGUAAAAAAAGUAAAAAGCGAAGAUUUUUAAAAGAACAACAACAACAACAGAAAGCUUCUGUUUUAACAAAUUCCAAUGUGAAAAUAACAAACAAAAAACGAGCCGGGUUUGGUGAAGCAUCCAGUGAGAGUGAUUCUGAGCCUAUUGAAGCUGACUGGGGAAGUGCAAACGACCAUUCAGAUAACGAUGAUGAACAAUGGCAAAGUGAAGAAAAUGUCACAAGAUCAUUCACUAAUUCCAAUGAUGAUGAUGAACAAAGUGAUUCAGGGUCUUCAGACAAUGACCUUGAGGAAUCUGAAGAAGAUGAAGAUGAAGAGUUAAGCGAAAAUGAGCUGAAUACUCUGAUACAAUCUCAGAAGAAACCAAUGACUAAGGAUACUUCAAAACAAAAAAUCAGUGGUCCGAAAAAGAAACCUUUAAAACGAACUCGUGAAUCUGUUGAAAACACUCCAACGUCCGCAAAGAAAAUGAAAAUAGUUGGAGAGUCAAAGCAAUCAACCGUAAAACCUCUUGAUAAAGACGAUGAUCAAGUGUCUGUGUCUUAUAAUUGGACAAAUGAAUCUAUUAUAAUUGAGGAAGUCAAAAAACGUGCAAUUGAACUUUCAUCUGCUACGUUGUAUGUGAGUCCAUUACCACCGAAUCAUAGCGAGUCUAUGCUGAAAUCAUUGUCACCGAGUAUGGUGUCAUAUCGAUUUUCAAUAAGGCGAAAUAAAGAAAUUCGAAGCUUUGUGUUUCUUCAAUACGUCGAUGCGGAUACAGCUGAAGCUGCAAGAAAAGCUAUAUCUGGUCGUCUAUUUGCCGGUAAAACAAUCUCUGCCCAACCUAAUCGUUUGUCAUUUCCUAUCAGUGACUUAAAGUUGGAUAAUAUUAAUCGAACACAGCUUUUUGUGACUGGUUUCAAUAGUUCAACAACUAAAAAUGAUUUAAUACAUAUAUUUCCAAAAGGCACUGUUGAUUUUCCAUUGACCAAAGAUGGAAUGACAUGCGGUUAUGCAAUUGUCAAAUUUGUCAAUGAAAAUGUAUCACUUGAGGCGUUUUCCACAACACAUAAACGACUUGUUCGUGGUCUACCAAUAUUUGUCAAUUUUAUAUUUUCUCGUUCUAAAGUAAUAGAUCAGAAACAAAAUAAUGAUGAAAAUCAAUUAAAGGCUAACAAAUCUAAAAAUGAUCAAUCAUUGGAAAAAAUGAAAGAGAAACAAUUGAAUAAACCAUCAUCAUCAUCAUUGGAAAAGACUUCUAACAAAGUAAUUCAGAAAACAACAGUGAAUACAAAAGAUAUUGGUAAUAAAGAGAAGGGUAAUAAUACAAAAGUUUUAGUUCAACAAUUACCUGAAUCUGAAAAUGAUUCUAACUCAUCAGGUAGUGAUGAAUCAAAUGAUGAAAGUAAAACCGAUGAAUUACUUGUUAAUCAAACCAAAAAUAAACAUUCAACCACUAGUAAAACAUCUGUACUAAAUGAUCUUGUAUCAUCGAAAAUGUUAAAAGUGUCCCCAAAAAAGAAAUCCAAAUCUGAAAUGAGUAAACUAGAUGAUGAUGAUGAUGAUGAUGAUGAUGAUGAUGAUAGCGAUGGUCAUGAUGAUGAUGACGACGAUGAUGAUGAUGAGGAGGACAAUGAAGAUUUAGACGAUGAAGAUGAAAUUAGCGAGUAUGAUGAAGAUGACAGCGGUACUGAGGAAGAAGACGAUGAUGUAGAUGAUGAUGAUGAUGACGACGAAGAUGACGAGGAUGAGGAAGAUCUAGGCGAUACAGAUAGUGAUGAUGCUUCUGAAGAUAGCGAUGAGGUGGUUAAAAACGAUUCCAAGCAGAAAAACACAGUUAAUAACAAAAAUAAACCUUCACCUUUAAAAAAUAAUAGCCAAAUCAUUUCCGUUGACGAAGAACAAGCCUCAUCAGCUGAUAGUAAUAAUAGUUCCGAUGAGGAAAUUGACAAACAAUUGAUGACAGUUAUUCAAGCUAAACGUAACGCUAAAAAAUCAUUCAAAUCACCUAAGAAUGCUAAGCGUAAUUUCGACUCAGCAAAGCACUCUGGAAAAAGUUUUCAACCUCAAUUGCUUCGUGUACCUGAAACUAUGAAGGGCAAGAAGAAAUAGAUAAAAACUAAUUAUGAACGGUCAAAUAUACUGUAUAUAUAGAUUCAUAUAAUGAAUAAAAAUUAUUAUAUUUGGUGUG